UUCGUGCUCCCGCUCUUCGAGAUUGCGUCCCACAUGGCAUUCUGGAUUCUGUGAAUUAAUGAGUGCAGGUGAGCUUCAGCUUCCACGGCCAUGGAACAAAUGGACUGUAAACCCUACCAGCCGCUGUCCAAGGUGCAGCUCAAAAUGGAGCUGGUAUAUAGCAGCUCAUCAGAUGAGAGCGAGGACGGCCGAAACCUACGCAAAUCCUACACCUCCAGAGAGACCCUGCCUGACUACACGCAGAAGAUAAGGCUCAACUACAACAAUGAGGUCAAGAGGCCAAAGGAGCCAGCUAAAGAACUGGAGUGCUGCAAGGAGACCCAGAUGCGGUGCGCUAGCUUCCAAGCACAGCACAACUUGAGCCCUGGGCACAGUUACCCGAGGGGCUUGGGCCCUGACGUUGGCAUGGAAACUGAGGGUGGCCCCACUCCAAGCCUCACUCUGCACCUCUGGAUGAGGGACGACAAAUGUGAGCACAGCUCCUGCCUCUCCAGCCGGGCUAAUUCUGUGCUGUCCCUCACUGACACUGAGCAGGAGCACAAGUCUGAUGGAGACAACGAACUUCCCAGCGCUUCACAUGGCCAGUUCACCUUCAGGCCUCUCCCGCCUCCUCCGCCACCCCCACAUGCGUGCACAUGUGCCCGGCCAGCCUCCCAUGCCCCGGAGACCCUGCAGAGAAGCACGAUGCCUACACGGGGCCCGACCAGCCGUAACACAGAGCCCAGUGACACCCAGACGAAGAACUCACAGCUCCACAGCAGCUGGGUCCUUAACAGUAACAUUCCCCUGGAAACCAGGCACUUCUUGUUUAAGCACGGGUCGGGAUCAUCUGCCCUCUUCAGUCAGAAUUACCCUCUCACCUCAAGCACAGUGUACUCCCCACCCCCAAGGCCCCUGCCUAGGAGUGCAUUCUCACGACCCACCUUCACCUUCAGCAAGCCCUACAAGUGCUGCAACUGGAAAUGCAUGGCCCUCAGCGCAACUGCUGUCACAGUAACACUUGCCCUGUUGCUUGUCUACGUCACUGCAGUGCAUUUGCUUGGCCUGACAUGGAACCUCAAUCCCAUUGAUGGGGAGCUAUAUGAAAAUGGACUCAGAAACCUGGACAAAGACGCUGAAAGCCUGGACACCACUUUCUCACCUGUGGGUACAACAGGCCCAGACAGCAUAAACCAUGGCAGCAAAGGAGAUAAAGGCAUGUUCCAGAAAGGAAGAGCGAUAGACAGAGGGGAAGUGGAUAUUGGGACCAAGGUAACGCAGACCAUUCCCCCGGGCCUGUUCUGGAGGUUCCAUCUCAUCGUCCACCAUCCAACCUAUGUCAAGUUCAAUGUCUCCCUCACUCAAGACGCCUUGCUGGGCAUCUACGGGAGACGAAACAUCCCCCCUACACACACUCAGUUCGACUUUGUCAAGCUCCUGGAUGAGAAACAAUUAAACAAGCAGGAGACGAAAGGUGUGGAAGAGUCCAGCAGCAAAUCCAGAAACCUACUCCUGGGUGUUGUGCAGGAGACCGGGUUUGUCGAGUACAUGGAUCCAGGAACCUGGUACCUGGCCUUUUACAACGAUGGCAAGAAGAUGGAGCAGGUCAUCGUGCUCAGUUCAGCACUUGAAACCAUGGGCGGCUGCUCCACAGGCUGCAACGGCAAUGGGGAGUGUGUCGCCGGCCACUGUCACUGUUUCUCUGGCUUUCUGGGCCCCGACUGUACCAAAGAUGCCUGCCCCAUCCUCUGCAGUGGGAAUGGGGAAUAUGAGAAGGGCCACUGCUUGUGUCGGGUGGGCUGGAAAGGUCCUGAGUGUGAUGUCCAGGAGGACCAGUGUAUCGACCCCACCUGCUCCAACCAUGGCAACUGCAUCCAGGGCAUCUGUGUGUGCUUCCCUGCCUACAAGGGUAUUAACUGCGAGCAAGUGGACUGCCUGGACCCCCUCUGUGCAGGCCAUGGAGUGUGUGAGAAAGGAGAGUGUCUCUGUUCACCUGGCUGGGGUGGUGCUGGGUGUGAGAGCCCUAUGCCCUCCUGCCAUGAACAGUGCUCGGGCCAUGGCACCUACCUUUCUGACACCAGAACCUGUGCCUGUGAACCUGGCUGGACCGGCAAAGACUGCAACAAAGAGCUGUGCCCAGUGCCCUGUGGGAGUCAUGGCACAUGCUCUGAGGGCCAAUGCCAGUGCCAGGAGGGCUGGAAAGGACUGGUCUGUGAGCAGCGUGCAUGUCACCCAUUAUGCCAGGAGCACGGCCAGUGCCGGGACGGUCGCUGUGAGUGCCAGCCCGGCUGGGAGGGGGAGCACUGCACCACCGCACACUCCCUGGAUGCAGUUGUUAAAGAUGGCUGUCCAGGCCUGUGCAAUGGAAAUGGACGGUGCAUGCUGGAGCAGAGUGGCUGGCGAUGCAUCUGCCAGCCUGGAUGGAGUGGCCUGGGUUGCACAGCCAUCAUGGAGACAGAGUGCAAUGAUGGCACGGACAAUGAUGGAGAUGGACUUAGGGAUUGUGUGGACCCUGACUGCUGCCACCAGGCCAGUUGCUACAGUGGUCCCCUUUGUCUGGGCUCUCCUGACCCACAGGACCUCAUCCAGCAGAGUCAGACACCCUUUGCCCCACUGCCUGCACAGUUGUUCUUUGCACGUGUCCUCUUCCUGCUGGGAAAGACUAGAACCCACAUCCUUCCAGGAGAAAUUCCAUUCGAUACCAGUCGGGCCUCUGUUAUACGUGGGCAAGUGGUGGCAGGAGACGGGGCACCACUAGUUGGAGUGAACGUCAGCUUCCAGCACCACCCGGAGUUUGGCUUCACCAUCAGCCGCCACGAUGGCAGUUUUGACCUGGUGGCGGACGGUGGAAGUUCAAUCACCCUGCUCUUCCAGCGUGCCCCCUUUGUUACGAAGAGGCGGACAGUCUGGUUGCCCUGGAAUAAAUUUGUGGUUCUGGACACUGUUGUGAUGGGCAGUGAAGAGGUGCUGCAACCAGCCUGUGACAUCAAGGGCUUGAUCAGUCCGAAUCCCAUUGUCCUGCCCUCACCCCUUACCAGGUUCGCUGGUGCUUGCAAAGAGCGAGGACCUGCCAUUCCAGAGCUGCAGGCCAUCCAGGAGGAGAUUGCCAUCCCUGGUAGUUUUGUGAGGCUCAUCUACCUCAGCACCCGCACUCCUGGCUACCAGUCCUUGCUGAGAGUUGUUUUGACCCACUCCAUCAUCCCUGCCAGCCUGGCCAAGGUGCACCUGUCAGUGGCCGUUGAAGGUCGCCUUUUCCAGAAGUGGUUCCCUGCCGCACCCGGCCUCUUCUACGUGUUGCCGUGGAACAAGACCGAUGUCUACGGGCAAAAGGUUGCUGGUUUGACAGAAGCUGUUGUAUCUGUGGGUUAUGAAUACGAGACUUGCCCAGACUUUGUUGUGUGGGAGAAAAGGACUGCCCUCCUGCAAGGGUUUGAGAUGGAUAGCUCUAACCUGGGUGGGUGGUUUCUGGACAAGCACCACAUUCUCAGCCUGCAGAGCGGAAUUCUUCACAAAGGAAAUGGAGAGAACAUUUUUAUAUCUCAGGAACCUGCAGUCAUCACUACCAUUAUGGGAAAUGGCAACUAUCGUACAAUUCCAUGUCCUAGCUGCAAUGGACCUGCCCUUGAACGUAAGCUCUUUGCCCCGGUAGCAGUGACCUGCGGCUCUGACGGCAGCAUUUAUGUCGGAGACUUUAAUUUUGUGCGACGGAUCCUUCCCAGUGGCUACGCCAUAAGCAUUCUUGAGCUCAGGAACAGAGAUAUCCGGCACAGCACCAGUCCAGCCCACAAGUAUUACUUGGCCAUGGAUCCAUUGAACGAGGUCCUGUACCUUUCGGACACCAGCAGUAGGAGGGUUUACCGACUGAAGACUCUAGUGGAGCCGAGAGAGGUGGCCAAUAACCUAGAGAUGGUUGCAGGUACUGGAGAGCAAUGCCUUCCUUUUGACCAGAGCCAUUGUGGGGAUGGUGGCAGAGCUUCUGAGGCCUCUCUCCACAACCCUAGGGGAAUUGCUGUGGAUAAAAGGGGUCUCAUAUACUUUGUUGAUGGUACCAUGAUUAAGAAGAUUGAUGAGAAAGGGGUGAUAAAAACCAUCAUUGGAUCUAACAGCCUGAUGUCGACCCAGCCCCUGAGUUGCGAUGCCCCCAUGGAUAUUGCCCAAGUCCGCCUGGAGUGGCCCACAGAUCUGGCUGUGAACCCUAUGGACAACUCCUUGUACAUCCUGGACAACAACAUUGUGAUUAAGGUGUCUGAGAGUGAGCAGGUGCGCAUCGUUGCCGGGCGCCCAAUCCAUUGCCAGGUCCCCGGGACAGACCACUACCUACUGAGCAAAGCCGCCGCCCACUGCACUCUUGAGGCCGCCAAGGCCAUCGCUGUGUCCCAUCAGGGUAUCCUCUACAUUGCUGAGACUGAUGAGAGGAAGGUCAACCGCAUCCAGCAGGUCACUACCAAUGGCGAGAUGUCCGUCAUUGCCGGGGCACCCACUGAGUGUGACUGCAAGAUUGACCCGAACUGCGACUGCUUCUCAGGUGAUGGAGGGUAUGCCCGGGAUGCCAAGCUGAAAGCACCAUCUUCCUUGGCUGUGUCUCCUGAUGGCACACUUUACAUUGCUGACCUGGGCAACAUUCGCAUCCGUGCGGUGACCCCUAACCGACCCCACCUCAGCACCACCAACACAUAUGAGAUAGCUUCUGCUGCAGACCAGGAACUUUACAUCUUUAAUGCCAAUGGCACACACCUCCAUACCAAGAACCUCAUCACCGGCGAUUACAUGUACAACUUCACCUACUCUGCUGAUGGCUACCUGAAUAUGGUCACGGGCAGGAACGGGAAUGCAUUGCAUGUGCGACGAGAUGCCAACGGUGUGCCGCUGUGGCUGGUGAUGCCUGGGGGGCAGGUCUACUGGCUCACUAUCAGCAGCAACGGUGCCCUCAAAAGGGUUUCUGCCCAGGGUCAUGACCUCGCACAGGUUACAUACCAUGGCAACUUGGGUCUCCUAGCAACCAAGAGCAACGAGAAUGGUUGGACUAUGGUCUAUGAGUAUAACACAGAGGGCCAUCUCACCAAUGUCACUUAUCCUACAGGAGAAAUUAUGAGUUUCUAUGGUAACAUGGAAAGGUCUGUAAAAGUGGAAGUGGCUGAAUCAGCCAAUGAAAAGUUCACCACUGUCACCAACUUCUCAACCACUGGCACCACUUACGUGCUGCGACAAGAUCACACGCAGAGCAUGUACCGAGUUAGUCCCGACGGCUCGCUCCACGCCGCCUUCGCCAGCGGAAUGGAGGUGACACUCAGUGCAGAGCUGCAUGUGUUAGCAGGUGUGAUCAACCCCACGGUUGGCAAGUGUAAUAUCACGCUUCCCGGGGAGCACAACCCCAGCCUCAUUGAGUGGAGACAGAGGCGAGAGCAGGCCAAGGGAAACCACAUGGCCUUCGAGCGCCGGCUACGGGCUCAUAACAGAAAUCUGCUGUCCAUAGACUUUGACCAGGCUACACGAGUGGGCAAGAUCUAUGAUGACCAUCGCAAAUUUACUCUCAGAAUCCUCUAUGACUCGAUGGGCCGUCCCAUCAUAUGGUCGCCCAGUAGCAAAUACAAUGAGGUCAAUGUCACUUACUCAUCGGCAGGCCUGGUGACCACCAUUCAGCGGGGAAACUGGUCAGAGAAGCUUGAAUAUGACAAUAGCAAGGUUGUCUCCAGAACCUGGGCAAAUGGGCACACAUGGAGCUACUCAUUUCUCGAGAAGUCCGUCGUUCUGCUUCUGCACAGCCAGCGGAGGUACAUCUUCGAGUACGACCAGACAGAUCGUCUCCUGUCAGUCACCAUGCCAAGCAUGGUGCGCCACAGGCUGCAAUCCAUGCUGUCCGUGGGCUACUACAGAAACAUCUACAGCCCCCCAGACAGCAGCAGUGCAUCUGUGAUCCAGGAUUACGCUCACAACGGACGUCUACUCCAGACCCUAUAUGUGGGUACGGGCCGUCGUAUACUCUACAGGUAUACAAAGCAGUCUCGCCUGUCGGAGAUCUUAUAUGACACCACCCUGGUGACCUUCACUUACGAUGAGUCAUCUGGUGUGGUCAAGACCAUCCACCUCAUGCACGAGGGCUUCAUCUGCACUAUCAGAUACAGGCAAACAGGUCCACUUGUAGGACGCCAGAUUUUCAGAUUCAGUGAGGAGGGACUUGUGAAUGCCAGAUUUGACUACAGCUAUAACAACUUCAGGGUGACUAGCAUGCAAGCCAUGAUUAAUGAAACCCCACUUCCUAUAGAUCUCUAUCGCUACGUUGAUGUUUCUGGGCGAAUUGAGCAAUUUGGCAAAUUCAGUGUCAUAAAUUAUGACCUUAACCAAGUUAUCACAACCCAUGCCAUGAAGCACACCAAGAUCUUUAAUGCUAAUGGACAAGUGAUAGAAGUUCAGUACGAAAUUUUGAAGUCUAUUGCCUACUGGAUGACGGUGCAGUAUGAUGUCAUGGGUCGUACCACCAUCUGUGAUAUCAGAAUAGGUGUAGACAACAACAUCACACGUUAUUCAUAUGAAUAUGAUGCAGACAGCCAGCUCCAGACUGUUUCGGUGAACGAUCGACCACAGUGGCGCUACAGUUACGACCUGAAUGGUAACAUCAACUUACUGAGUCAUGGCAACAGCGCCCGACUGACCCCACUGCGUUAUGACAUGCGGGACCGAAUCACGAGGCUUGGGGAUAUACAGUACAAAAUGGACGAAGAUGGCUUUCUGCACCUACGGGGCAAUGAUGUGUUUGAGUAUAACUCCAAUGGACUCCUCACCAAAGCAUACAACAAGGUUUCUGGAAACAGUGUCCGUUACCGAUACGAUGGCCUCGGUCGACGGCUGGUCAGCCAUUCCAGUACUGGUGAGCACCUUCAGUUCUUUUAUGCCGAUCUUGCCAACCCAACAAGGGUUACCCACAUGUACAACCAUAGCAGCUUGGAAAUUACCUCGUUGUAUUAUGACCUCCAAGGACACCUCAUAGCUAUGGAGCUGAGCAGUGGAGAGGAGUAUUAUGUAGCCUGUGAUAACUCUGGGACUCCAUUAGCAGUUUUCAGCAGCCGAGGACAAAUUGUGAAGGAGAUUCUUUAUACGCCUUAUGGAGACAUAUACCAGGACACCAACCCAACUUUCAGGCUGAUCAUUGGCUUCCAUGGUAGUCUCUAUGAUCCCCUUACUAAACUGGUCCAUCUGGGACGGAAGGACUAUGAUGUAGUGGCUGGCCGUUGGACCACUCCCAACUAUGACUUGUGGACUGAGCUGAGUGCAAAUCCAAAACCUUUCAAUCUGUACUCAUUUAAAAAGAACUGUCCAGCUGGGGACCUACAGGACGUGACUCAGUUCACACAAGACAUUGGUAGUUGGUUGCAAUUGUUUGGCUUCCAGCUUCAUAAUGUGGUACCUGGCUUCCCUAAACCGGAUGUAGAGAACACAGAACAGACUUAUGAACUUAAGAAGACCCAAACCAAAACACAGGACUGGGAUCCCAGUGAGGCGGUCCUGGGCAUACAGUGUGAGCUGCAGAAGCAUCUAAGGACUUUCAUCUCUCUAGAGCGCCUGCCCAUGAACCAGGUCAGUACAUCCAUUGGGCAGUGCCGCAGACAGAUGCCAAGUUUCUCUGCCAUGCCAUCCAUCUUUGGGAAGGGCAUCAAGUUUUCUAUUGUGGAUGAUGUUGUUUCCGCAACUGUCAUUGGAGUAGCCAAGGAAGACAGCAGACGUAUUGCGGCCAUCCUUAACAAUGCUAUCUACCUUACGGGCCUGCAUUUCACAAUUGAUGGCCGGGACACCCACUACUUUGUCAAGCUGGGCCCGUUGGAGGAGGAUCUGGUGACUAUUGGAAACAGUGGUGGUGGGCGUAUCCUGGAGAAUGGCCUCAACAUCACCGUAUCUCAGAUGACAUCAGUUGUUAAUGGUAGGACUAGACGUUUUGCUGACAUCCAGCUGCAGCAUGGUACCCUUUGCUUCAACAUACACUAUGGUGCCACCAAGGAAGAGGAGAAGGCUCAUGUGUUGGAGCUGGCUCGCCAUCGAGCUGUGGGACAGGCAUGGAUUCAGGAACAGAAGAAAGUGCAGGAAGGUGAGGAAGGUUCCAGGGUGUGGACAGCUGGGGAGAAGCAGCAGCUGCUAACCACAGGGAGGGUGCUGGGCUACGACGGUUACUUCAUUCUGUCGGUGGAGCAGUAUCUUGAACUUUCUGACAGUGCCAACAACAUUCAGUUCAUGAGACAGAGUGAAAUUGGAAAGAGGUAACAGUGGUAGCAUACUUUCUUUCUUUCUUUCACCAAAG